GAAGAAGUGACAUCAGCCAGGCAGCAUGGCGUUCAGUUUUGGCGGCGCUACGAGCAACCCGGCGGCAAGUACGUCCGGGUUUUCAUUUGGUUCAUUUGGAGCUAAAACCACCGCACCCACCGCGUUUGGCUUCGGCGCCGCCACCUCCACCACCGCCUCGUCCGGAUUUAGCACUCUCACGGCUCCCAGCUUCGGAGCCGCCGCCACCACCACGGCCGCCCCGGCCACCGGGUUCAGCUUCGGCUCCACCAGCACUGGAUUUGGGGGGCUGGGAGCCGGAGCCGCGGCGGCUGGUGGGUUUAGUUUUGGGGGGUUCGGGUUAAAUGCCAACCCGGCAGCAGUCAGCUUUAAUGUGGGGUGCUUUGGUACAGCUACCACCACUGGCAGUGUUUUCAAUUUUGGUAAUAGCCUGGCUAGCACAGGCGCCUUCGGCGGCUUCGGGACCACGACCACCACCGCCGCCGCGCCGGGCUCCACCUUCAGCUUCGCCGCCCCGUCCAGCACCACAGGAGGAUUGUUCGGCAACACGCAGAACAAAGGCUUCGGCUUCUCGUCCGGCCUCGGCGCCGGCGGCGCCGCCGGGACGUCGGGCUUCGGGACCGGACUGGGAACAACCGGCCUGGGCGGGUUCGGAGGCUUUAACAUCCAGCCGACGCAGCAGCAGGGCGGCCUGUUCGGCCAGCAGGCCCAGCAGCAGCAGGGCCAGGCUCAGCCCACGCAGCUGUACCAGCAGGUGACGGCGCUGUCGGCCCCCACCCUGCUGGGGGACGAGCGGGACUCCAUCCUGGCCAAGUGGAACCAGCUGCAGGCCUACUGGGGCACCGGGAAGGGCUACUACAGCACCAGCAGCCCCCCGGUGGACUUCACCCUGGAGAACCCCUUCUGCAGGUUCAAGGCGGUCGGCUACAGCUGCGUCCCCGUGAGCAAGGACGAGGACGGCCUGGUGGUCCUGGUCCUCAACAAGAAGGAGGCGGAGGUGCGGGCGCAGCAGCAGCAGCUGGUGGAGUCGCUGCACAAGGUCCUGGGGAGCAACCAGACGCUCACCGUCAACGUGGACGGCGUCAAGUCCCUGCUGAGCGACCAGACGGAGGUCAUCGUCUACGUGGUGGAGCGCUCCCCCAACGGCACGUCCAAGCGGAUCCCGGCCAGCACGCUCUUCAGCUACCUGGAGCAGGCCAACGUCAAGCUGCAGCUCACGCAGCUGGGCGUGGCCAUGUCCGUCACCCGCACCGAGCUCACGCCCGCGCAGCGCAAGCAGCUGCUGCAGAGCGCCCCCGCAGGAGUGGAUCCCAUCAUCUGGGAGCAGGCCAAAGUGGACAACCCCGACCCGGAGAAGUUGAUCCCCGUGCCGAUGGUGAGCUUCAAGGAGCUGCUCCGCCGGCUGCAGAUCCAGGAGCAGAUGACCAAACAGCACCAGACCCGAGUGGACAUCAUCUCCAACGACAUCAGUGAGCUUCAGAAGAACCAGGCGACCACGGUGGCCAAGAUCGCCCAGUACAAGAGGAAGCUGAUGGACCUGUCCCACCGGGUGCUGCAGGUGCUGAUCAAGCAGGAGAUCCAGAGGAAGAGCGGCUACGCCAUCCAGGUGGACGAGGAGCACCUGAGGGUGCAGCUGGACACCAUCCAGUCCGAACUCAACGCCCCCACACAGUUCAAGGGUCGCCUCAACGAGCUGAUGUCCCAGAUCCGGAUGCAGAACCACUUCGGCGCCGUGCGGUCCGAGGAGCGUUACAGCGUGGACGCAGACCUCCUCCGAGAAAUCAAGCAGCACCUGAAGCAGCAGCAGGACGGCCUGAGCCACCUGAUCAGCGUCAUCAAAGACGACCUGGAGGACAUCAAGCUCAUCGAGCACGGGCUGAGCGACAGCGUCCACAUGAGAGGAGGCAUCCUGAGCUGAACACACACACACACACACACACACACACACACACACUCACACUCUAUUGUUAGCCUCCUCGAUGACAAAUCAGAUUGAGAAUGAGAUUACAUGUGCAGCCGGGAUGUAAACAGGUGUGUGAGUGUGUGUUUAAUUGUAAAUACAACUUUGUAUUUUUUUAAGGUCUUAGUAUGUUAAUAAAUUUCCUGUGAAC